AUGAGUAUUUCAUCUACAAAUGAGUCUCUUUAUUUGAAGUUGGUGGAGCCUUUCACAUAUUUACGUGAAAAUACGAAAGGAAAAGGAUUUAGAAAUACACUAUUAUCGUGUUUUAAUCUCUACUUCAACCUUGGGGAUGAUGACCUUAAGUUGGUACAAGAAGUCAUUGACAUUUUGCACAACUCAAGUUUACUAAUAGAUGAUGUUGAGGAUGAUGGUGUCAUCAGAAGGGGCGUGCCGUGUGCCCAUCGGAUAUUUGGUAUUGGUAAUACAAUCAACGCAGGAAAUAUGAUGUAUUUCAAAGCAUGGGAGAGCCUAUUGCAGCUAAACAUACCUAGAUUGAGUGAAGUUUAUGUUGCGAGUAUGAUGAAGCUACAUUUUGGUCAGGGUUUAGAACUUUAUUGGAGAGACAAUAAGAAAUGUCCUACUGAGGAGGAGUAUCUUGAAAUGGUCGUUUGUAAAACAGGUGAAUUAUUCAAACUGGGUGUCUCAAUUAUGGAAUGUGUUUCGAUAAAUAGAGGCAUGUCUUUAGACGUCCAUAUAACCGAGGGUAUCAAGAAAUUUUGUGACAUUCUUGGUAUGUUUUAUCAAAUCAAGAAUGAUGUUGAUGACUUAGUUGAUGGGGACGACGGAAUUGAGUUUGCCCAUGACUUGAAAGAAGGGAAGUAUUCCUUUCCCAUUCAGUAUUGUAUAAAUAUGAAAAAUAUGAAACUAGGAAUUGGCAAGAAAGACAUGAGUGUCAAUGAGAGACGUGUUAUCGUCACCCAAAUUGCGGAUGCUGGUGGCAUCAGAUACAGUCAGGAAUACAUGUUCCGCCUACAAGGAGAUGCACAAACAUUACUCCAUUCCAUGGCAUCAUUGUCUUCCUCAGCAAAAUGUGAUGAAAUGGUGAAGAAAUUGGUCUCUAUCGUCUCUAAGGAUUAA